CCGGGUUCUAUGUUUCUCCGAACAGAGGCGCGGUAGCAAAACAAAAGCGAGGCGUCCAUGAACAUACCGCGAGGUUAACAUCAUUACAUUUCCUUUUUAAAAUCCUCCAAUAGCUUCAGCUAGUUUAUAACACAUAUAUAUAACUAUUCUAUCUGAAGAACGUGAGGAACAAACCCCACAAUGACCUGAUAACCCGCGUUGUAGUGACUGCGGAUUGGAAAAAGAGAAUGUGCAUCAUUAUGGACUGGAUACCGUGUUGUCAGUACUCUCAUCUCAUCAUCCAAACCUAACCUCAGGAAAACUGUCAGGAUCUUGUGACGUCACUGGAGAACUCCCAGAUCUCCACAUCUGUCCCUGGAACUGUCCUUCUCAACUGAUACGCUCAUUACAACAUCAUUUUAUAUCCACACAGGCCACUCAGCUCUGUCGAUCUCAUGUUCGCCCUGAAUGCGCUCCGUUCUCCUGGGAACUUCGGCGCUCCCGUUUGUUAUUAGAGAACCAUGUACCGUGUCGGCGGAGAGCGGGACUUCCAGACGUCGGCUCGCCGCAUGGGUACGUCGCUGCUCUUCCAGCUGUCGGUGCACGAGAGAGAACUGGACCUGGUGUUCCUGGACCACAGCUAUGCCAAGCCCUGGAACGCCCACCCUGACGCCAGCAGUGCCCGGCCCACCCGCAUGCUGUUCGUCACCCCGCGCCGUCAGCAGGACUCUUCUGUGGAGUCUGAGAUGUCCAUCGAUGUCGAGACAGUCACGCCCACACCCAUGCCUCUCUACGACAACCACAAAGCCCGCAGCGUGAUGAACGAGUGCGAACGUCACGUCCUGUUCGCUCGGACCGUCGCUGACGGACCGCUGCCUCCAGACGACUGGGAAGAUCAUAUUAACAAGACUGGCUGGACAAUGGCUCAAAACAAGCUGUUUAAUAAAGUCUUGAAGGCGCUGCAGGCGGACAGACUGGCCAGGCUGGCUAAUGAAAGUGUGUGUAACGAGCCCGUCCUGCGCAGGAUCGCGGUGGAUAAAUGUGCCCGUAAGGUUCGGCACGCGCUGGCCAGCGUGAACUGGGAUGCUAAGCUAACUCAGUGGCUACACAACACCCUGGUGGAGUCUCUGAGCCUGGCCCUGCUGGCCGCCUACCUGGACGUCCUGCAGACCUUGAAGAGCAAGGUUCCUUCUCUGAUCGAGCGGAUGCUGCCGGCGUCAUCCACUAAAUCGGGUGCGGCGGGGGCUGAGGCGCUGUCUCUGCUCCUGAAGCGCCCCUGGGAUCCGGCCGUGGGCGUGCUGUCCCAGAACAAACCGAGUAAACUUCCUGGUUCGCCUCUGAUCCUGAUUUGUCCAUCAGGCCCGACUGUGCCCACCUUCUCUACCUCCCGCAGAAUGAGGUUCUGGCAAUCACAGCUCUCCUGUUUAGGCAAGGUCGUUCCCAUAAGCACUCACGUGGGCAGCGGCGCUAACAUCGGCAUCAGUCAGUGCCUGGAGCACCUGAUCGGCACCGUCCGGGGGAAAGUCAUCGAGGUUCACAGUCACUUCCCUCACAAGCCCAUCGUCCUGGUGGGCUGGAACGUGGGUGCGCUGAUCGCUUGCCACGUGUCUCUCAUGGAGCAUGUGACGGCAGUCGUGUGUCUGGGGUUCCCUCUGCAAACAGUCAGCGGACCCAGAGGGGACGUGGACGACCCGUUGUUGGACAUGAAGACCCCUGUGCUGUUCGUGGUGGGCCAGAACGCGCUGCAGUGCGGCGCAGAGAACAUGGAGGAGUUCAGGGAGAAGAUCCGAGCAGACAACAGCAUGGUGGUCGUAGGAGGGGCUGAUGACAACCUCAGAAUCGGCUCCUCCAAGAUGAAAGCCGAGGGCCUGACGCAGACGAUGGUGGAUCGCUGCAUUCAGGAUGAGAUCGUGGACUUCCUGACGGGAAUUUUGAUGCGAGCAGAAAGUCCCAGCCUCACCUCGGGGGAAACACGGGAUCUGGACGCCGAGAAGAAAAAGAAACCACGGCGCGAGUUGCCCUUUGAGACAGAGAGGUCGCGACCGUCAUCACCAGCCAUCAGGGUUCCCAUCUCCCCCUCGGGAUCAGAGGACAUGUCCAGUGUGUGCAGCAGUCCCACAGCUAGUCCCAAACCCAAGACCAGCACUCUGUCUCCGGCCCAGAAGUCGAGCCUCAUCACCGCCACCCAGCUCCUCAAAACACACAUGCAGCGAUCCGGAACCGUGCUCACACACAAACAAGCCCAAGCUCAGUUCGCUGCCUUUAUGAAACAGAACAUGCUGGUGAGGAAGAGUGUUCCUCCUGGCAGCCCCUCCUGUCUGUUUGUGCCCGUGUCCGGCGAACAGGUGGAAAGUUUGGACCAGAACGAACAGCGGCUCCAUUUGAAGAGGAGGCAGACGCCAAGUCCGACGAUCCCUUCGAAACCGUCCAAACGGGCCAAGAUCAAAGUCACCAUCGUCUCCCACGGUGACGCAGCCGGUGCCAUGGUGCCUUCCGGCAUGCAGGAAGGAGCGUCUGGAAAGCCUCUUACGGUCACCAUGGGCCAAACUGUAUCAGGUGCCAAAGAUCUUUCCGGGCUGUUGACCGCACAAAGGUCUGGAGCUUUGACUGACGUCUCUGGAGGGCUCGGCUCGGGCGGCGCUUCCUUUCACAGCCUGCAAGGUGGAGUCAUUUCUGGCUCUUCUUCCACCCCAGUACAGGUCCAGACAUCUGCGCAAGCUACCUCUGCCAGUAGCCUGUUGCAGGGCCUGAGCUUCAGCCUGCAGGAGAUCAGCUCCAAGUCCCCGGUUCUACCCUCCAGCACACAGGCUUCAGUAGGGAAGGCUCAGACUCAUGGGCAGAUGUUAACCUCACUCAGUCCAGCAGGUGGCACUCUGGUGCGCGCCGUUCCUGUCGUCUCCACAGGCUCUGGAGUGACCAAAAGCACAGCCAUCCAUCAGCUCCUCACCAACGGAGGCCUGGCCAAGCUGGCCAAUAGCCUGCCAGGACUGGCCCACGUAGCCAAUCAGAGCGCGGGUACGUCCUUAUCGACACCGCGCUCCACCAAACAGAGGCGACCACGCUGAGUAGGGUUCAGGGAAAUGUUACCAUGACUACCGGCUGUAGCCCAGCUUAGCAAAGCGACCAGCAACCGUCAAGCAGUGAAAAGAAAAAAAAAAAGUGCUUACUGAUCGUGUAAUGUGUUUUUAAAAUCAGCGAUACGUUCCCGAGAAAAUAAGAUGUAUAAAUCCACACUUGUAUAUAUGUACCAUAAGGGAAGAUCACUUGGGUUAUAGAAGAGGAACAUGUAGGGUAGAUCACACAAAAACGACACCAACGCUGUUUAGAUUCACAAAUAGAGGUUGGAAGAACUACAUUACAGGUGAUGAUGUAGUUCUCAUGUCACCAGCUGUUUUUGUCUGUUUCUGCAUUCUCAUUAUGUUCAUGGUCUUAUUUGUUUUGCCCAUUAUUUUUAUUUUUUGCUGUUAUUUGGUGCAACACACGUACUGUCUGACAUACACUCACAAAUGCAUUCAUUAAACGAAACCAACAAACCA